CUAUAGGGAAGUAGUGACAGUAUUACACAGUACAAAGUAUUUCAAAUACAGAAAUGGUUUGACCUGUAACAGUAGAGAAUACUAAUGUUCUACCCUCUGCCAGAUAACAGACAGCAUGACAUAGCAAAACAUGACAGGCUCACACCCAUAAGGAGGACGCAUGGUUGCUUAUCAGAGGACCUCAGCAAUACACAGAGGCGGUAGCUGUGGUUAUCUCAAAAGGUAAUUUGCUGAUGGAAUAAUUUGUCAUUAGGCUCAAGACCUAAACCAACCUUAGCAAACCUGGAAAAUAUCACAUCCGCAGAUUCUCUGUAUGGACUGGAAAACCUCUCGGUGACCCCGAUAUCUUCGACCUUCAGAUGGCCAGUUGUUUAUCUCUGGUUUUGACAUGAAAACGCUGGAAGUGCAAAUAAAUGAUAUUUCUACAAGUUUUUAAUAUAGUCUACACUAAUGCAUUUUGGUUUCUUCAAAGGCUGGAGAGCGCUUUAAUUCAGCGUGUUACACAGACAUUUUCAGUCUCAAAACAUGCACUUUCUCUGCCUUCCUCGUUUGCUUGGGGUUUCCAGGGACAGAGCCAGACUAGUGGGCAGGUUGCCCACGUACACUAUUAGCAGCUCACAUAAUAUAUCUCACUACUGCCCAAAUCAUCAAAAAAUACUCACUGCAGUCGCCAGGAAUACAAAUGUAAACUAUUGUAAAACACUUUAUAGGAAAACACACACGUGUUUGGCUCGUCUUCAGUACAAGCGGUGCAACACAGGUGCAUUUUUGUUGAAGGGACAUCUAAAGACAGACAGCUGGCACAGAUACCCCUAUGUCUCAUGCUACCAGAAUGUCAUUACAGAUGUGCAAAACAGUAGGAGCUACAGCAGUCGUUCAUCUUCACAGACACCUAAAGAAGAAAAUGUAGGAAAAGAUCUGCAGGAAACCAACACAAAGAGUACAAACAAGCAAACUCUGAGCUUAGAUGAUUUCAGAAGACUGCUCACCCUGGCUCAUCCAGAGAGAUGGAGACUGUCAGCUGCAGUGGGAUUCCUUACUAUAUCCAGUGUUAUCACGAUGUCUGCUCCUUUUUUCCUGGGGAAGGUUAUUGAUGUCAUAUACUCUAAUUCUUCUGGUAAUUUUGCUUCCAGUCUGACAUCUCUGUGUGCCUUCUUGACUGGUAUCUUUCUGUGUGGAGCUGCUGCCAAUGCUAUCCGUGUCUACCUCAUGCAAACAUCAGGACAACGUAUUGUACAAAGACUUCGAUCUGCCCUAUUUGCCUCCAUUCUAAAGCAGGAAGUUGGUUUUUUUGAUAAAACUCGAACUGGAGAGCUGAUAAACCGGCUGUCUUCAGACACUGCUCUGCUUGGCCGAUCUGUUACUGAGAACCUUUCUGAUGGUCUUAGAGCAGUAGCCCAGGCCUCAGUCGGAGUUGGAAUGAUGUUUUUUGUUUCUCCACAACUUGCCACAUUUGUUUUGAGCAUUGUGCCACCACUUGCUAUAGUAGCUGUUAUAUAUGGACGAUACUUGAGAAAACUAUCCAGGAUGACUCAGGAUGCUCUUGCAGAAACAACACAGAUAGCUGAAGAACGCAUUGGCAACCUAAGAACAGUCAGAGCUUUUGGAAAGGAGAUGCUUGAAAUGAGAAAAUAUAACGGCAAAAUAAACUAUGUGCUUGAUCUAGCUAACAAGGAAGCUUUUGCCCGAGCUGGUUUCUUUGGAAUUACUGGCUUGUCUGGGAACCUGAUGGUGCUGUCUGUGCUGUAUAAAGGUGGUCUGCUAACAGAAGCUGCACAGAUGACUGUAGGCGAGCUCUCCUCUUUUCUCAUGUAUGCCUUUUGGGUAGGAAUAAGUAUUGGAGGGCUCAGCUCAUUUUAUUCAGAAUUAAUGAAAGGCUUUGGUGCUGGAGGACGCCUUUGGGAUCUUCUCUACAGAAAACCAUUAAUGCCAUUCAAUGAGGGCUUGGUGUUAAAUUCAAAAUCUUUCAAAGGUGCCCUUGAUUUCCGAGAUGUUACCUUCAUGUAUCCAAGCCGCCCAGAUGCCCCCAUUUUCAAAGGUCUCAAUCUCUCCAUACCAUCAGGAUCUGUAAUGGCAGUUGUAGGUUCAAGUGGAUCUGGAAAAUCAACAUUGGUCUCGCUGUUGCUAAGACUUUAUGAUCCUAAUUAUGGUUCUGUUCAUAUUGACGGACAUGAUUUGCAGAAGCUGAAUCCUGUAUGGCUACGGUCAAAUAUUGGAACUGUUAGUCAGGAACCAGUGUUGUUUUCAUGCUCAAUAUCUGAAAACAUUGCUUAUGGGGCAGAAGAUCCCUCAUCUGUCACAGAAGAGGAGAUCAGACAUGUUGCUGAAAUUGCUAACGCUUCUGGUUUCAUUGAAAGCUUUCCACAAGGAUACCAAACUGUGGUAGGAGAAAAAGGUGUUCUGCUUUCAGGUGGACAGAAACAAAGAAUUGCCAUUGCCCGAGCUCUACUUAAAAACCCAAAAAUUCUUCUCCUUGAUGAAGCAACAAGUGCCCUUGAUGCUGAAAACGAAUAUCUAGUUCAAGAAGCUCUAGACCGGCUUAUGGAUGGAAGGACAACUCUUAUCAUUGCCCAUCGACUGUCUACAAUCCAAAACGCUGAUUCUGUUGCAGUUCUUGAUCAGGGUCAAGUUGUGGAGUGUGGAAAACAUGAAGAACUCCUGGCAAAUCCUAAUGGAGUGUUUACCAAACUUAUGGAUAAACAGUCCGUUUUCAUGAAAAGCAGAGAAUCUAUUCGAACUAAACAGUCAUAAUAGUUUCAUUUUUUUUUUUUUUCAAAAGAGAAGUGCCAAAAAAUAUAUAGAUUGUUAACCAAUUACAUUUUUCUUAUCAAUGUUUUUAAAAAUACUCAUUUACAUUUAUUAUUUACAUUAUUAUUCUAUGGAAUUCAUAAAGUUCUGCCUUUUAGCAAACCUGGAUUCCUUAGCAUGAUAGUAAGAAUAAAAUAGAUUUUUAUGAUGUUGGUUGUAUAUUUGAAUACUCAAAAUGCAUGACUGCAUUGGAUUAAAAAUUAUGUUUUUCUACAAUAUGUGUCACCUUUUAUCUUGAUUCUAAUGUAUGCUGCUGAAACUUGUUUCAGAAUGACUGAGUUUACAGAUUUGUGAAAAAAACGUUUUUUUUUUUUUACUUCCUGUAAAUUGUUCCUGCUUUUGAAAUGCUUACACUGAAUUUUAUUUUACUUAUGAAGUAUUUUAAGGAAACCUUAUUAAAUGUGUAUAAUUUAUCAUAAAUAUGACUACAUUUGGAAACUUGUUAUAAAUUGUUUUGAAUAUUCUAAAAAUGUAAAGCUGUCUGUAAUAAAUAAAUAUAUUGUUUUUAUAUACAAAAUAUUAAAGCUAAAUGUUUAUAGUAAAUGUUUUCAACCAAUAAAUGCACAAGUAUUAUAUCAAAUCAACCAACACAUUGUAAAUCACAGAGGAAAGAUAUCAAAGGUAGAACUGGAGUCAAUAUUUAAUAAAAUUCAGAUUCAUUUUAAUUAAUACAAA